AAUGUUAUCAAUAUGACCAAGAUCACAAUUUAGUUCAAUUUAAUUGUUAUUUAUAUUUUGUUUGUAAUAUUAUUUAACUUAAGCACACAUUUCAUAAUGAGUUUAAAACUGUUGAAAAGUUUUGGACACAAAUGCAAACUAUUGAAAGAUAUACUCAAUAAAAGUCGCUUAAGAGUGGACGCGAAGAGGUUCGCGAAGAUGUUAUCGGAUCCGGAAAAUCGCGGCGAACGACAGCAACACAUCAACUUCGAUACGCUCGGCACGUGGGACAAUCGGAUUGACUUUAAUAUAUUACUGCAGCAGAGCAUCAAACACGGCAAACCCAUCCCUAAGAUCAACGCCGAAGACAUUGGUUUCGCCACAACAUUAGGCCGAAGAAUGUCUAACGAAGACAUCUAUAAUGUCACCGAAAUCGACGCAAAUCUCUUGUAUUUCGCGGUGUUUGACGGACACGGAGGACAGGCGUGCGCUCAGUAUACCAAUGAGAAUAUGAUAACACAUAUCACGUAUUGGCUGAAUAGGGGUGAGCGGGACCUGCAGUUCAUUCUGGAGAACUCGUUCAUCGAAGUGAACAACUCUUUCGCCCGAUUCGUGACAUUCAAUCCGUUCGUCGAGGGUCGGAACGGGUGUUCGGGAACGACAGCGACGGUGUGUCUGCUGAGGAAUGGCAUCGAACUGGUUGUGGCUCAUUGUGGCGACAGUCGGGCGCUGUUGUGCCGGAACGGGGAUGUCGUGCGACUGACCACUGAUCACAACUCCAACGUGAAGGCAGAGAAGGAGCGGAUCGUCAAAAGCAAUGGUUUCCUCAAAAGCGACAGUUUGGGGGUCGGACUCGUCAACGGACGGCUGGCUAUGACUCGAAGUAUCGGUGACUUAGAUCUGAAGCCCUAUGGAGUGAUAGCACUGCCCGACACCCGAUCUCUUGAGAUAAAGCACGGAAGGGAUGCCUUCAUAAUCCUGACCACCGAUGGCGUGAAUCACGUGAUGUCGGACAAGGAAGUGGUGGAUGCGGUGCAGAGUUGCGGCAAACCGUCAGAAGCGGCCCAAUUCGUGACGGACCAGGCGUUGCACUAC